AUGAGCAGACGUACGAUAGAAAGUCAUACAGAACAUCAUGACAGUUCUGAUCUUGCGAUAGCUGGACAUUACUUUAAAAGGUUCCAUCAUCUUGGUGUUAGAUUAAUAGGACGUGGAAUUGUUUAUCACAAAAAUUUUUAUAAACUACGCUGUAGUGAAAGAAAACUUUAUAUUUCAAUGAAGAAAUGUAUUCGAACACAUGGUGGAGUUGAACAUUGCUUUCCUAGAUUGUAUGGACGUGGAUUGCUAGGGAAACGACAUAGAUAUAAAAGAUAUGGUCGCGGGUUUGGUCUAGGAGUAAAAUUUGUUAGAAAAGGAAUUGUCUAUGAAAACUAUUAUCUUAAAUAUCACGUUGUGAGAAAGACUUUCAUUAAGUAUAUGACGGUUUGUGUAAACAGUAAAGGAAGAACUAGUAAAUGUAUAGACAAAUUACAGGACAAAGGACUUCUUGGAAAUGCUCAUUCAUAUGAAGUACACAAAACAUUCAGUCAUAGUUUUGCAACAAAACAUCAGUUUGUGCAUCGCAAUUCAGGCUUUGGACAUAUUCAUGCUAUUAAAGUAGACAAGCGGAUUUUUAGACGAUACCGGAAACUUGGUGUUCGAUUGGUUGGACAAGGCAUUCUUUUUAAAGGAUAUUUUACAUCACAACACCUUGUUUCACAUCGUAGCUCUUCCAUGUAUGGACAUAUGCAUGAUAUUAGAGUAAACAAACGUAUAUUCCGACUCUACAGAAAACUAGGAGUUCGUCUAGUGGGACAAGGAAUUCUUUACCAUAGAUACUUUUACAAAAUACGUGUUGAAUACACAGCAUUUUACAGGACACUUCGGUUAUGUAUAAGGGCAAAUGGUGGCAUACGCAGCUGCCUUCCACACCUGUACAAAAAACACCUUAUAUGUAGACGACACCGGUUCAAACAGUUUGGCCGUGGGUAUGGCCUUGGAAUAAAAUUUGUCAGGAGAGGGAUAGUUUACAGAACACAUUUCUACAAAUUUCUGCUACGACGAAGACGUUUCGUACGUUAUAUGACCACAUGCAUACAUGAGUAUAAACAUCCUGACGUGUGUGUAACUCAAUUACAAAAACAAGGGAUACUAGGCCAUGCUUCUAUACAGAGAAAACACCAUGGUCAUCAAAGAAAAUCGAUUAAAGUAACACAUCGAAGAUUUUCUUACGACGGGCGGGUUUAUCGACUUACCUGCAGAAGAAGGCGUUUCUAUAGAAAAUGGAGUAGAUGCAUGAGGAUGUUUCAUAAUAAGAAUAUAUGUUUUAGAAAACUCCAGAGUUUGUUUAUACUGUAUUCUGAAGGACAUGAGCAUGAUGCUUCAGGACAUACUUCGUCAAAGAUUGUUGUUAGUCCGAUAUUUAAACGUUUCCGUAAACUAGGUGUGAGUUUAGUUGGGCGUGGAAUUCUUUAUCACAGUUAUUAUUACAAGCUUCGAUGUGAAUAUACCACAUUUUACACGAUUUUAAGACAGUGUGAAAGGUCUCAUGGCGGAGCCAAUGUCUGCAUAUCUCGUAUGUUUAGAAGAAAGUUAAUCGGUCGACGACACAAAUUUAAACGAUUUGGAAAAGGAUUUGGACUUGGUGUUCGGUUUGUCCGAAAGGGAGUAGUUUUUGAACAAAGUUUUUAUAAAUUUCUCAUCAAACGACGACUCUUCAUUCGUUACAUGACGACAUGUUAUAAUGAGUAUGGAAAUACAAAGUCUUGUAUAGCACAGUUAGGAAAACAAGGCAUCAUUGGAGCUGCACAUGUGUACACAGAAGUUACCAAACACAGCAUGUCUCUGACUACUCUGUUGCACGGAACAAACCCCAAUGCACACCACUUUGUUUAUAAAGGCAGUGCUUAUAAGUUAAGAUGCAGUGUGAAAAGGUUUUACAGAUUAUGGCGGCGUUGCAUGAGGAAACACAAUAAUGUUUUUGUUUGUUUUUCACGGCUGCAUGGAUUGUUCAAGCCUAAAGAACUAGAUGGUGAUGACAAGUCUACACAGGGUAUAAUAGGCUAUGGAGGAAUAAAAAUGGUUAAUGGUAAAAACAAUGUUGCUCAUGAGGUUAUUGGGAAAGAUGUUACAAUUGGUCAUCAUAGACAUUCCCAUGUAAUACAUAGGCAAAUUCAUAGAAGAUCGUUAAACCCGAGUGAUAUAUUAUAAUAUUAGUAAUAUGA